CAAUUUUUCGGAGGGUUUCCAAGGCAGAGGUCCUUGUGUCCACAGCCUCAAGACGUGCCGCGCAGGCUGCAGUGACCACUGCUUUCGGGCCCAGGCAUUGCAACCAGAAGCAGCAGUAUGGGAUUUUGGAGCACCUACCUGCUCGUCUGCCUCUUCUCCAUCAUGUCCCAGGUCACUACAGAGCCACCCACCCCCAAGACCAAGAAAGCUACAAAUGUCAAGAAAGAUCUGGUGAGCCCAAAGAUGUUUGAGGAGCUCAAGAGCAGGCUGGACAGCCUGGCCCAGGAGGUGGCCCUACUGAAGGAGCAGCAGGCCUUGCAGACCGUGUGCCUGAAGGGCACCAAGGUAAACUUGAAGUGCUUCCUGGCCUUCCCCCAGCCGAAGACCUUCCACGAGGCGAGCGAGGACUGCAUCUCGCGUGGGGGCACGCUGGGCACGCCGCAGUCGGGGCUAGAGAACGAGGCCCUGUUCGAGUACGCGCGCCAGAGCGUGGGGAGCGAGGUGGAGAUCUGGAUGGGCCUCAACGAUAUGGCAGCCGAGGGCGCCUGGGUGGACAUGACCGGCGGCCUCCUGGCCUUCAAGAACUGGGAGACGGAGAUCACGGCGCAGCCUGACGGCGGCAAAGCCGAGAACUGCGCCGCCCUGGCCGUAGCGGCCAACGGCAAGUGGUUCGACAAGCGAUGCCGCGAGCAGUUGCCCUACAUCUGCCAGUUUGCCAUAGUGUAGCCCAGCCUGGCCCUGAGCGAAGGGGCGCAGCCUGGGCCAGGGAGGAGUGAGGACCACGAAGAGUCACGGCUGUAGGCGGGUGGGGCUUAUGGGUUGCUAGGGGGCGGGGCAUCUAUGGGCGGAGUCGAACUUCAGUGGGUGCCUGGUGGUUCCUGGUAAGAGAAAAGGCGAUGCCAGGGCCCUGAGAGGGGCGGGGACAGCUUUCUGUCCUGGGUUCCCCCUUGUCUGGGUUUUGCGAAUAAAGUUGGUUCAGAAUCCCUGAA